AUGGUUGGUGCAGAGAACGUGUGCGAGGGGAUGUUAAUUCCGCCUUCUGUCUUUUUCGCAGUGCCACUGGCCGACGAAGCGAGGGUUUAUUCAACGUCGCUGUCGACGCCCUGUUCCACGUCUCCCUACCGGGAGCCAGACUCUUCCGGGGCGCGUCCUCGCGACCUGUCCAGGACGACGUCAUCGACGACCGCGUCUCCCGCUGCCGACAUCCUCCUCGGCGCUCCGUCGCCGCUGUCCACGUCUUCCUGUCCGUCCUCCUCGCCAUCCGUGUCGACGACGUCGCCCUCUGCGUUGUGUUCGCCGGCGUCUUCCGGCGUGCCGUCGCCUUUAGUGACGUUUCCGGCUCCGCCUCUUCCGCGACCUCCCGGUCGGGCGCUGAGGACACCGAAGUGCGCCCGAUGUCGCAACCACGGCGUCGUCUCCUGCCUCAAGGGUCACAAGAGGAGCUGUCGCUGGAAGGACUGCCGCUGCCCCAACUGCCUCCUCGUGGUCGAACGCCAGAGGGUCAUGGCGGCGCAGGUGGCUCUUCGCAGGCAAGUUGUAAAUUUCAAAUAA